AAAUAGCUAUAAAAAAAGGAGCUGAUAACGGAGCGCUAUCAGCAAACUUUAAAUAUCCCACUUUUAUAACUGCUAUCUAAAUGACCGAGUUCAGAGAUUGGUUGUUUGUUCUUCAUACUUUUUUCUUUCAACCACUUACUUCCACUAUGGACCAUAUCCCUGUUAUUGACUUUGGAUUGUUUGAAUCGGAUCCCAAAGCUGUAGCUGCUGCUGUUCGAUCGGCAUGCGAAAGUAUAGGAUUCUUGUAUCUGACCAAUUUCGGUAUUCCGCAAGCUGAGGUAGAGCGAGCAUUCAGCCUAUCUGCCGAGUUCUUUAACCAACCUAUUGAGGAGAAGAGAAAGGAAGAAAUUACUUCAAAUAACCUUGGCUACGUUGGCAUGCGUAAAGAGAUUCUUGACCCCGGUGUACAGAAAUAUGGAGACACCAAAGAAUGCUUCAAUUUCGGAAAGCUGGUCGAUGGUGAGCCCAUCCAAGUUCUUCCGUCGGUAAUAGCAGAAAAAAAGGAGUUUAUUGGCAAAUUUUCUGUUGAUUGUCACAAGUUAUGUGGCAGAAUCCUACAAGCCUUUGCAAUAGCCAUGGAGAUCAAAGAGGAAGACGGAGGUAUACAUUACUUUGAAGAUAGACACAAAUACACUGAGCGGUGUGGAAGUGUUCUCCGAUUCUUGAAGUACCCCAAAGGAGACAACGCCGACCCCACAGAAACUGUGAGAGCCGGGAGCCACUCAGAUUACGGAUCCAUCACCUUGUUGUUCCAGAACGGAAUUCCAGGACUGGAAGUGCAAGCUAGUCGAACACACUGGAUUUCAGCUCCCAUUAUACCCGGUGCUGUUUUGGUGAACAUCGGCGAUCAGAUGGAAUAUUGGACUGGCGGACGGUUUAAGUCUACCAAGCACCGCGUUGUUUUCCUUCCCGAGCAUGCCCAGUAUGAUCGUUAUUCGAUCGCCUACUUCUGCCAGGCCAAUGAUGAAGUACUUUUGGACGUUAUACCAAGCCCGCUUUCGACUGGGGAAAAAGUCAAUGCAGACAAGCCGAUCAUGACUGCUGGUGAAUACUUACAAGAGCGACUUGCCCGUACUUACAAGUUCGUUGCGGCAGCAUGAGGGAACAUUAGGUCUACAGCUUUAUAGCCUUUCAUUCUUACUUGUAAAGUUGAGGUCUUCCGUCAAAGUUCUUCUGGGAGGAACGAUGGACAUGCUUGUCAUCAAUUGAAAUGGAACAAGUUAAUUUAAACAACGAGAACAAGAUAAUUUUUUUAAUUUUACCAAUGAGUCGUAAAAGAUUGGGUUACAUAAAAGGGGUAAUCAUAUCAAGGAUCAAUGGUCGUGGUAUAAACGUGCAUAUAAUGUACGAUGGAAGGGGCCUAGUAUAGCUUUCAACGAAUUGAAAGAGGGUCAGAACGGUAUAUAGGAUGGCUCAAUGGCUCAAGACAAUGGUCUCAAGGAAGAACCGCCACUAUUGAUAUCCCGUG